UCUUGUUGUCGUUACAGUUAUAGGCAGUGCGAUCCUGUCCACCAUUCUUUGCAAUGGAACUUCGGAUAUUGCAUUAAUUAAGAAAAACCUUGAACGCUUUUCUUCUAACACCAGAUACGCAUUGUUCCAAAUAAUGGAGGCACAGAGAAAUUUACAAGAUUACACAGAACAGAGAGGAAGCCCGAGGAACCUUCGACAACAGUUAAAGGACUUGAAAUCAGUUGUAGGAAAGCAAGCAAAAGAAAUCGGGUCUUUACAAUUAGUUACAGGAAACCAAGCAAAAGAAAUUGGAUCUUUAAAAUCAAAAGUUCGGAAACUAUCAGCUGAGAAAAGAAAACCUGAAGGUGCGGUUUAUACACGGUGGGGAAGAAGUGGCUGUCCAAAAGAAACAGAGCUUGUUUACAAAGGUUUUACAGGAGGUAGUUGGUACACACAUCCUGGCGGUUCGGUUAACUAUGUAUGCCUACCUUAUGAUCCCACGUGGGGCAAAUAUAAUGACAUCCAAAAUAACGAUAACCAGAAUCUGCAUGGUGUCGAGUACGCAGGAAAUAGUAUCGAUAUUUCCGGAACUCCAUUUGAUAGCAGAAUUCGAGGACACGGUGUCCCGUGCGCUGUGUGUCGGAGCACGAAGCGAAUCACAGUGUUGAGAAUCCCAGGUAGAAAUAAAUGCUACAAAGGCUGGCAUCUGGAAUAUGCCGGUUAUCUCAUGGCUGACAAAUAUUCCCAUACGUCCGGGACCGAGUACGCAUGUGUUGAUGAGCGACCCGAAAUCACUAAAUCGGGUCCCGUUUCCAAGGGAGGCAGAUACUUCUAUCCAGUGGAAGGUUACUGUGGGCACGCCUUGCGGUGUCCACCUUAUGUCCACGGCAGAGAAAUAACCUGCUGCGUCUGCACGAAAUAGAUGCAUGUAUUUUCCUGUCAUAAAAAACAUGCGUGUAUACAGCAACCCGAUCAACAAUACAUAUUUUCAUUUCCAAUGUUUCUGCCUUUGUAAUCCUUACAAAUUGUAAUGAUAGCCAUUUCCUCAUGAAUGCAUUGUAAUUGUGAACAAUGCGCGUAUGAAUCUUCAUAGAUAUAGUACGUUCAAAAGAUAAUUCAAGAUCUGAUUCAAGAUUUGUUUUUAAAUUUACAAGAUAAAAAAUCUCUGGACAUUACCCUUCUUCAAUGCGAUCUUUAAGAAAUAUAUUUUCAUAAGUAAGUAUGCCGGUGUAAAGUGUUUCUUACCCUCGUGUAUUUUCAAAAAUAGAAUUUAGUU